UGUCAAACGCCGAGAAGGAAGGAGCCAAGAAAAAGAAACACUCUGCGCAAUCAAUCGAUCGGGGAGGCAGGAAAAAUCGAGUUUUUCACCUCGUCCAGAAAGGAAAAGCUCUGGUUCGCUCGUGUCCUCUGCGUGUGUGUAUCCGCGACUCCGAUUGCAUUCGCGCAAUGAUGUAGUGCAUUGCGUACGCUUUACACGGUCCCAAAAUCGAAGUCGAAUUCCUUCGGUGCGAUAAAAAAAAGAAGCCCCCUUGUUGUAUAUCGAGAGCCGUCACUACGCACACACAGCAGAAGUUGGAACGGGCAAAGGCGAAAACCUACCAAAUAGUGCUGUGGUGCUGAACCGUUCGGCAGACGAAAAGUCAAGGGCCAGUGCGUGCGUGCGUGCGUGCUUGCGUUACUGAGUGUGUCCGGCGGAGGAGGUACUCCGCACAGGUGGUGAAAAAGAAACAAAUCCGUGAAAGUUUGCGAAGGGUGCUUGGAUUUGUCGACCGAAGACGGCGGCGACCCGUUCAACGACAGGAAGAGGAAUUGUGUGUGCGUGUGUGUGCACUUGUAAGAAAGGCACAGACGGUACAGAACAAAGUGUUGUGCGGGGUGUGAAAGCGUUUGCGCUGUUCUACAGCGUUUUGUGCGUGCAAACUAAACAGUUGAACAGCGGCAGCCCAUCAACAGCACCAGCAUGGAGUCACUGAUUCCGAUCGUGAACAAGCUGCAGGAUGCGUUCACGCAGAUGGGGGUGCAUAUGCAGCUUGACCUGCCACAGAUCGCGGUGGUCGGCGGCCAGUCGGCAGGAAAAUCGUCCGUGCUGGAAAAUUUCGUCGGAAGGUCAGUUGAAUUUUCUCCCCGAGGAUCCGGCAUCGUAACGCGACGACCAUUGAUUUUACAGCUAAUCAAUGGAACUGUGGAAUUUGGAGAGUUCCUUCAUCAGAAGGGUAAGAAGUUCUCCAACUUUGAGGAGAUUCGGCAGGAGAUCGAAGCGGAAACCGAUCGCAUUACCGGUAGCAACAAGGGUAUCUCAAACAUACCGAUUAAUCUUCGCGUGUACUCGCCGCAUGUACUCAACUUGACGCUUAUCGAUUUGCCCGGUUUGACGAAGGUACCGAUCGGCGAUCAGCCAGCCGACAUUGAGAACCAGAUCAAGGGCAUGAUCUUUCAGUUCAUCCGCAAGGAAACGUGUCUGAUUUUGGCCGUCACGCCCGCCAACACCGAUUUGGCCAACAGUGAUGCGCUCAAGCUGGCCAAAGAGGUCGACCCGCAGGGCGUCCGGACGAUCGGUGUCAUCACCAAGCUCGAUCUGAUGGACGAGGGAACGGAUGCGCGCGAUAUUCUCGAGAACAAGCUGCUGCCGUUGCGCCGUGGCUACAUCGGCGUGGUGAACCGGUCGCAGAAGGAUAUCGAGGGCAGAAAGGACAUCCAUGCGGCCCUGGCCGCGGAGCGCAAGUUCUUCCUGAGCCAUCCGAGCUAUCGGCACAUUGCCGAUCGGCUCGGCACGCCGUAUCUGCAGAAGGUGCUCAAUCAGCAGCUGACCAACCAUAUCCGUGAUACGCUGCCGGCGCUGCGCGAUCGGCUACAGAAGCAGAUGCUAACGCUGGAGAAGGACGUGGAUCAGUACAAACAUUUCCGCCCGGACGAUCCAAGCAUCAAGACGAAGGCUAUGCUGCAAAUGAUCCAGCAACUGCAGUCGGAUUUCGAGCGCACAAUUGAAGGUUCCGGUUCGGCGCUAGUCAACACGAACGAACUUUCUGGCGGUGCCAAGAUCAAUAGAAUAUUCCACGAGCGAUUGCGUUUCGAGAUCGUCAAGAUGUCGUGCGACGAGAAGGAGCUGCGGCGUGAAAUUUCGUUCGCCAUUCGCAAUAUUCACGGUAUUCGUGUCGGUCUGUUCACCCCGGACAUGGCGUUCGAGGCGAUCGUAAAGAAACAAAUCUCCCAGCUCAAGGAACCGAUCCUGAAGUGUGUCGAUCUGACCGUCUUGGAGCUGUCUAAUGUUGUGAGAAUUUGCACAGACAAGAUGGCUCGUUAUCCGCGUUUGCGCGAUGAGACGGAGCGUAUCAUUACUACGCACAUUCGCCAGUGCGAACAAAAGGCCAAAGAGCAGAUGAUGCUGCUGAUCGACUACGAGCUGGCCUACAUGAACACCAACCAUGAGGAUUUCAUCGGUUUCGCAAAUGCUCAAAGCAAAACCGAAAAUGCGGUCAAGACGGGCACUCGCAACCUUGGCUCGCAAGUGAUCCGCAAGGGACACAUGUGCAUUCAAAACCUCGGCAUCAUGAAGGGUGGCUCGAGACCGUACUGGUUCGUGCUAACGUCCGAGAGCAUCUCGUGGUUCAAGGAUGAGGACGAGAAGGAGAAGAAAUUUAUGCUGCCCCUGGACGGGCUGAAGCUCCGUGACAUUGAGCAAGGAUUCAUGUCCCGGCGACACACGUUCGGUCUGUUCAAUCCAGACGGACGUAACGUUUACAAGGAUUACAAGCAAUUGGAGCUGUCUUGCGAAAGCACUGAUGAUGUGGAUUCAUGGAAAGCAUCCUUCCUGCGUGCGGGUGUGUACCCUGAAAAGGAUACUCCCGCCAACGGAGAUGAGGAGAGUGGAGGCGAAAGUGGUCCAACUGGACAGUCCCUUGAUCCGCAGCUGGAGCGCCAGGUAGAGACGAUACGCAAUCUUGUCGAAUCGUACAUGCGCAUCGUCACCAAAACUACCCGUGACAUGGUUCCGAAAGCUAUUAUGAUGCUCAUCAUUAACAAUACCAAGGAUUUCAUCAACGGCGAGCUGUUGGCGCAUUUGUACGCUACCGGCGAUCAGGCCUCGAUGAUGGAGGAAAGCGCGGACGAAGCACAAAAACGUGAAGAAAUGUUGCGAAUGUAUCACGCGUGCAAGGAAGCGCUGCGUAUUAUUGGUGACGUAUCGAUGGCUACCUUCUCUACGCCCGUACCACCACCGGUGAAAAAUGAUUGGUUGUCGAGCGGUCUCGACAACCCGCGGCUGUCCCCGAGCCCGGGCGGUCCGCGUAAAGCUGCACCACAGCAGCAGGGUUCGCUCAGCUCUAUGGGAGCUCCGGCUGGCCGGGGACCACCACCAGCACCUGCUAGUGCUAGGCCGGCUCCGGCAAUACCGAACCGACCUGGAGGUGGUGCCGCACCACCCCUGCCCGGUGGCCGUCCAGGUGGCCAGGCACUACCGGCACCAUUGAUUCCAUCGCGUCCGGGUGGUGGUGGUUCCGUUGCUGGCAUGGCACAGAUGCUUCCGGCCAGCACCAGGCAACAGAUCAACCAGCAGGUCGGACAGGCCGUCACCAAUGCCGCCAUGAACGAACUGUCGAAUGUGUUCGCCUCGAAGUUCAAUCGACCUGCCCAGAAUGCGCCACCGCGCCUACCGGAUCGACCGUACAAUGCCAUGGGCCGGCCAUGAACGUGACCAUAUAUACAUAUAUGCUUGAAUGAGGAUGUAAAAAGGUGCAAAAAAAACAGGAGUGUGAUGAAGAGCAUGAUGGAUUGUAAAACCAGAGCCGAGCAGUCGCCGUUAUUGUGUUGUUGGUAGUAGCGAAAACUGUGUGUAGUGAGGUAAUGUAAGAAGCGCCCGCUCCCGCUUGGUCCAUGGACCAGAAACACAACUAACACGUGAACUAUUUGUUAAGUGUAUAGUUCCUUGCUUUUCCUUCUUCUACACUGCCCCCCCCACCCCACACACACACACACACACACACACACACACACACACACACACACACACACACACACACACACACACACACACACACACACACACACACACACUCAAACAUACCUAACACGGGAGUGGGUGCGCAUAGUUGGUCUCACAUUGAGCCACAUCAUCUUCGAUCUUUGCGACCGAUCAUCAGCUUCUUUCUUUUCCUAUCAAGCUUUGGAAGCGAUCGUGUCGCACCGAUGCUUUCUUGCCUCUUUUUCAACCUUUUGCUCAGUACGGGAUGAUAAGUACGUGCAGCCGAAAGGGUAUCGAAACCAUUCCGUUUUGGGUCAAACAAACAACCUGCAAAAUGUGGGCCAAAAUAUCGAGAUAGACGAGUGAGGGAGUAUAGUGUGGCGAUUUAUACAGGUUUAGUAGACGAUUGUUCAGGUUUAGGCUGCUACAGGGUAUAAUUAUGCUGCUGCUGCUUGUUUUUAGUUAGUUAGUUAGAAAGGAAUGUUAACUUAUGAGACCUUUGUGUACCACAUGGACUGGAUAUCACCUGGUGGUAGGUAGCAGCGAUUAUAGGCUACGAGUGUCACCGGUGCAGGCUGUACAGAAGUUUAAGGAGCAUCAACUGUAGAACGGAAAUAGCGUACGCUUAGAACAAUUCAAACACAGGGUAUGCACGAUACGAUAUUAGAAUAGUGAGAAUACAUUACAAAGCAUAGCCACAUUUCGUACUGGUACUGGUUGGUAGUUGGGCGGCUAGUUCCGCGUCUUGGCUGUCCCUAUUCCAGUACUCACUAGCCCUCGCGACUCCCUUUCGAGCGAUCGAACGGUGAAACAACACUAAGACCGACGAAGUAUUAACGUGUUAGGGACAUUUGCUUAGACUGUGUAGAAAGGACGAUAAGAGCUAGCUGCUGCCUCCUCCCAUCUAGCCUGGAACGAUUUGCGAAAUUAGCAGAAUGGACUUAAGCUUAAUCUAACAAUUAUUCUUCAUCGAGCGCAAUGGGCAUUUCGGAUGAUCAUCCCCGAGUCCAGUCCGUCACACACAUACACAUACACACACAUCAAAGCUCAACACUAUUCUAACGUGCUAAAGUAUUAUUUUGUACAUUUCUUGUCAUAUAAUAUUUUGUAAAUAAAUCACCCUGGAUGGUGGAAAAAGCGAA